CAAUAUUGUUAAAUGUGUUCAAAGUUUAGCUGUAGCUGGGUUCAAUUUGUUCAGACGUCCUCACAGUUGUGGGCUGGCUUGUCAGCGGAGGCAGUGGUGCUCUUGUUAGCUGCAACUAGAGCAGUUUGUUAACUAGGUAGUAAUUUAUAAUCUGAUUUAAUAAAGCUAUUCAUCCUCAUAGCUGGUAGUAUUUAAACUGCAUUAUCAGAGCAAUGGAUGUGUAGGCUCCAGAGGCUCGUAGCUCAUAGUUUAAACUCGUGAUGGAGUCUAAACUAGUGUAUUAUUUUAAAAAGGAAAUGACCACCUUCAGACUUUAAGUGAAACUAUAGUGAUACCUCCUGAAGACUUCUCUAAAUUCUGUCGUGCGACAGCUGUGGAGAGGUCAGGUUGGCUUUUGCUGGGUCCUCAUGUUGACAUGUGUAUUUGCUAAUGUGCACUUAAACCAAUGGGACAUCCUGAAGCUCAGUCUUUGAGAUUAUUUGCACCGUCUGACUUCCAUUACUGUUUGUAGGUCAGGUCAGGAAGCUACAGCAACAUACACUUCCAAACUAGUCACAUACAUUGUUGAUCUGAUCCCUCCUCCCGAUUUUUGGAAAUUUGUGUCACGAAAUUUCUAAAUCAUUCUGUUGAAGGUCCUCAGCGGCAUGUUAAUACAGAUUAAACUACAUAGUGCUCUAAAUAUUUUUUUCUAUUUUACAAAAGUUCUCUUACUACAAAUGAGCAUUUCACUGUUGACUGUCUGCUGAACCGUUGAAAGCUGCCAAGAUAAAAGAAGCACACAAGUAAACAUCAAGCUUAGCCACUUAAUUUUGGCUAAUGGCGAUGCCGACUGCUUAAUCCACUUUGUGUCCGUUUGGAGAUGAAGUGUAACCAAAGCCUUGUUUGCCAGCGUCAGUAGGUCGUGAGAUGAUAUUGUGCGUGGCUGUCAUACCAUCUUUUCUAAUAGCUGAAAAAGGCUUGCCUGCUUGUGCAGAGAGUGUGGGAUGCACUCGUGUUACCAGCCAUGAUGAGCCACGUCAAAGGUGGCAAUGAAAAUGCAUAUGUGUGAAUUUAUGACCAAGCACUGUCCUGGCUCUGCCUGAAUGUUAAUACUUCACAGAUGCACCAGGGCUAACAUGAAGACAUUUUUCUGUGUCAUAUCUUGCUUCGAAGUGUAUAUCUUGUCCUGAUUUGAAUUUUCAUGUUGUUAAUGUUAUCUUUAUAGCGCUAAGAUAUUGGAAAGUGGUUUGUUGGCCUCUGUUCUGUGCUUGUACGUGAGUGUAUGUUGGUGGCUCCACCCACUGAGUGGGCUUGCGUAGUGCUAUGACUCAUCCCCCCUCUUCAGAGGCUUGAUGGAAUUCAACACACACAAACACACCAGACUGAACACAUCAUACAGCCAGAGCCUUCAGCACAGAGCUGAAAUACGCAGACCUGGUUAAUCUUAUAUUGGUCAUUUAAUUGUCUGAUACACUUGAGAUAUCUGACAUUUCACUUCUGACAAUUUAAUCACAGUGCAUGGUUUUUUAAAUAAACCAAAGAGAGGCAUUAAACAGACUCCUGAAAGUAACUGUGGGCAGAACAAAGCAUGCAUAUCAGUGGUCAUUUAAAAAGGAUUUUUGACACCGCGAUGAGCCAGAAGAACCAGACCCGGUGUGUUCUCAAGAGGCUGAAUGGUGACGCAGCCCCAGCUAAAAUCAGCGUCCCAGAGCCAGUCAGACAUGUUGUUUUUGCUCUGGCUGGGGAUUAAGUUAGAAUGCUAAUAAUGAGGGGCUUUAUAGGGACAGGAUGAAAGCUGGACAGCUGGACGGGCUUAAAGUAUGGACUCCAUACUGUUUGACAACAAAUAGAGCUUGAGUUGGAGAAGUCAAUGGACAUCAGAUCAUGGACGAGCCCAUGGAGGAGGGAGAGUCUUACUCGCACUGUGAUGAGGGGGCAUAUAAGGAGAUUCCUAUCACCCACCAUGUGAAAGAGGGUUGUGAGAAGGCGGAAUCAUCCCAGUUUGAACUGCUCAAAGUCCUCGGCCAGGGCUCUUUUGGCAAGGUAUUUCUUGUCCGGAAGAUCAUGGGUCCAGAUGCUGAUCAGUUAUAUGCAAUGAAAGUCCUAAAAAAGGCAUCUUUGAAAGUCAGGGACAGAGUUCGCACUAAAAUGGAAAGAGACAUUUUAGUGGAAGUCAAUCAUCCCUUCAUAGUGAAACUGCACUACGCCUUUCAGACAGAAGGGAAACUGUAUUUAAUACUGGACUUUCUCAGGGGAGGGGAUGUAUUCACUCGCUUAUCCAAAGAGGUUAUGUUUACAGAGGAAGAUGUGAAAUUCUACCUUGCAGAGCUGGCCCUGGCCCUCGACCAUCUGCACAGCCUGGGCAUAGUUUACAGAGAUCUCAAGCCAGAGAACAUCUUACUUGAUGAAGCUGGACACAUAAAGUUAACAGACUUUGGCUUGAGUAAAGAGUCAGUAGAUGCUGAUAAGAAGGCGUAUUCCUUCUGUGGUACGGUGGAGUAUAUGGCCCCUGAGGUGGUCAACAGGAGAGGACACACACAGAGUGCAGACUGGUGGUCUCUGGGAGUAUUGAUGUUUGAGAUGUUAACGGGGACAUUACCAUUCCAAGGCAAAGACCGAAAUGAGACCAUGAACAUGAUUCUCAAAGCUAAGUUGGGAAUGCCCCAGUUUCUAAGUUUGGAGGCCCAGAGUUUGUUGAGGAUGCUCUUUAAACGUAACCCUGCAAAUCGACUAGGGGCCGGACCCGAUGGAGUGGAGGAGAUCAAACGCCACGCUUUCUUUUCCACCAUCGACUGGAAUAAACUGUACAGGAGAGAGCUCCAGCCUCCAUUCAAGCCUGCAGCAGGAAAACCAGAUGACACAUUCUGCUUUGACCCAGAGUUCACCGCUAAAACACCUAAAGACUCCCCAGGUAUCCCGCCUAGUGCUAACGCCCACCAGCUCUUCAAAGGCUUCAGUUUUGUUGCUCCAGCCCCUAUGGACGAGAACAAGGGCUCCCCACUGCUCAGCAUACUCCCUAUUGUUCAGAUGCACGGGGGCUCAGCCAAGUUCUCAGAUCUGUACGAGCUGCAGGAGGACAUAGGGGUUGGCUCAUACUCCAUUUGUAAACGCUGUGUACACCGAGUCGCUGUCGUAGACUAUGCUGUGAAGAUUAUAGACAAAAGUAAGAGGGACCCCUCUGAAGAGAUCGAAAUCCUGAUGCGAUACGGACAGCAUCCCAACAUCAUCACUCUGAAAGACGUCUAUGACGAGGGCCGGUAUGUUUACCUGGUGACGGAGCUGAUGAAGGGUGGAGAGCUGCUGGAUAAGAUCCUCAGGCAGAAGUUUUUCUCUGAGAGAGAGGCCAGUGCUGUGCUCUACACCAUCACCAAGACUGUUGACUACCUCCACUGCCAAGGGGUGGUACACCGAGACCUGAAGCCCAGUAACAUCUUGUAUAUGGAUGACUCGGGGAAUCCUGACUCUAUAAGGAUCUGUGACUUUGGAUUCGCUAAGCAGCUUCGGGGAGGAAAUGGUCUCCUCCUCACCCCCUGUUACACCGCCAACUUUGUGGCACCAGAGGUACUAAUGCGUCAAGGUUAUGAUGCAGCCUGUGAUAUUUGGAGUCUUGGAGUUCUACUGUAUACAAUGCUGGCAGGGUACACACCGUUUGCUAAUGGGCCAAACGACACACCAGAGGAGAUUCUGCUCCGGAUAGGCUCUGGAAAGUUCUCUUUGACAGGUGGCAACUGGGAUACUGUAUCAGACAGCUCAAAGGAUCUGCUGUCUCAUAUGCUCCACGUGGACCCUCACCAGCGAUACACAGCAGCGCAGGUCCUAAAGCAUUCCUGGAUCACCUGCAGAGAUGCUCUCCCACACUUCCAACUCACACGCCAUGAUGCACCCCACCUCGUCAAGGGAGCCAUGGCUGCCACCUAUUCAGCACUGAGCCAGAAGACAAGUCAGCCUGUGUUGGAGCCUGUGGCAGCUUCCAGUCUAGCGCAGAGACGCAGCAUGAAGAAACUCACCUCAACAGACAUGUAGACACACACACACACAAACACACAAACACACAAACACACCGCUCACCCUCCAGUUUCAACCUCACUCUCAGUCGGACUCUCAUACGCAGAUGCGCCCACACACAGACCCAGGUCCUGGCCAGUUAGAGCUACUGUCUCCCUCUGUUUUUUUUAACCUAUUUAUUUGACAUGCUCAACACAUGCACUCACACCCACCUGAACAUGCACGCACACACUGGACGGUGUUGCAUUGUGAAGAGGUCAGCUGAAGAGGAAGAGGGGAAACUCACAUAUCUGUUACUGCUGGGGAGACAGCCAGUAUUUAUUUUCCAUAGCUUUCAUAUGCACUUGCCCUCUUCGCCUUUCAUUCUUUCUUCCUCGCGUGGGGAAGAGACGCACCAGCGGAUGUUCUCCUUCACUGUGAUUGGCUGAUUCAAAGCUGCUUCGGUAAACUGUGCCCCCCUCCCCACUGCUCUUCAUCUUCUCGGUCACCCUCCUCCUCGGUUCUCUCUCCCACCCUCCGUUGUUUGCUUUUGCUCUCUGAACUUCUUCUCUUCAAAGUGAAGUUAUGGUUUAUGUGUGAGAGUGUUGACAUGAUGAUAUUGACUGAGGGACAUUGUACGACUGUUUCCACUGUAGAAAACAAAGAUAUGUGUAUGCUUGUGGCGGGUUUAGAGGUCCCUCGGCUUCAAUAUCAUCUGCCAGCACUUUUGGUAACAUAAAUGCAUGUGUGGACACAACCUGUAUUUAUUUUCCCCUUAAAAUUCAGCGUCUGACUCAUGUUAUUUUGUGUGUAUCAGAAGAGGUAAAAUAAGCUGCAGAUGGACAAAAAGAAGACGUCUAGACUUAGAGGGGUGAAACAAUGUGGUAACCAUAACAGAAAUUUUAGCUUGCAUAUAUAUAUAUAUAUAUAUAUAUAUAUAUAUAUAUAUAUAUGAUGAAGAUGAAGAGCAAGUGGGGGAGCUGUAGGGAUUUCUCUGGGGGGGACGGGAAGCACCCCAUCAAACCAGAGGCGGAAUAAAAAAAUAAAAAAGAUAAAAAAAGAUUUCCAUGGAUAUCUCUUCAAAAAGACAUUGUGGAAACUGUAUGAUAUUGUAUUUAUUUCAUUUGAUUUUUAAGAUUCUAUUUUUCUUUCAAGUUAUGUAUAUAUUGACAUUAAAGAUCAUUAUUGACAUGCA